CUCGAUCUGCGCGAGCUUCCGUCCAGGGUAUGCGCGCGUCUAUAAAACCGGACUCGUUCAAUCACGCUGUAGCAGCCGACAGGGGAAGAGCACAGCGAAGAGCGUCUUAGAAAUUUGUGAUUUUUCUCUAUCGUGCCACUGAAUUAAUUCAAGAUGCCAGAACCUCAGGAAGCCCAGAUGGAAGAGGCUGAGGUUGAGACCUUUGCCUUCCAGGCAGAAAUUGCCCAACUGAUGAGCUUGAUCAUCAACACUUUCUACUCCAACAAGGAAAUUUUCUUGAGAGAACUGAUUUCCAACUCCUCUGAUGCUUUGGACAAGAUUCGUUAUGAAUCCCUCACAGAUCCAUCCAAACUGGAUGCGAGCAAAGACCUGCAGAUCCGAAUUGUUCCAGAUAAGGAGAAUAAAACCCUUGUCAUCCAGGACAGCGGUAUUGGUAUGACCAAAGCCGAUCUUGUCAACAAUCUUGGUACCAUUGCCAAGUCUGGAACAAAGGCUUUCAUGGAGGCCCUGCAGGCAGGUGCUGAUAUCUCUAUGAUUGGACAGUUUGGUGUGGGUUUCUACUCAGCCUACCUUGUUGCAGAGAGGGUGGUUGUUGAGUCGAAACAUAAUGAUGAUGAACAGUACAUCUGGGAGUCGUCAGCUGGAGGGUCUUUCACCAUAAAAAAUUCAAAUGAUCCCACCCUCCCUCGUGGAACUCGGAUCACCCUUUACAUGAAGGAAGACCAAGUUGAAUAUCUCGAGGAGCGUCGUGUCAAGGAGAUUGUGAAGAAGCACUCCCAGUUCAUAGGUUACCCAAUCAAGCUGAUGGUUGAGAAGGAGAGAGACAAGGAGGUGUCUGAUGAUGAGGAAGAAGAAGAGAAGAAAGAGGAUGAGGAGAAGAAAGAGGAUGAAGAGAAUGAGGAGAAACCCAAGGUAGAAGAUCUUGAUGAAGAUGAGGAUGAAGACAAAAACAAGGACAAAAAGAAGAAGAAGAAGAUCAAGGAAAAAUACACAGAAGAUGAAGAACUGAACAAGACCAAACCACUGUGGACCAGAAAUGCAGAUGAUAUCACACAGGAAGAAUAUGCAGAGUUCUAUAAGUCAUUGACAAAUGAUUGGGAAGACCAUCUUGCUGUCAAGCACUUUUCAGUGGAAGGACAGCUGGAGUUCCGUGCUUUGCUGUUUCUGCCCAAGCGGGCUCCAUUUGACAUGUUCGAGAACAAGAAGAAGAAGAAUAACAUAAAGCUGUAUGUGAGACGUGUGUUUAUCAUGGACAACUGUGAAGAUCUCAUUCCAGAGUACUUGAACUUUGUGCGUGGUGUUGUAGACUCUGAGGAUCUUCCUCUUAACAUAUCCAGAGAAAUGUUGCAACAGAGCAAGAUUUUGAAGGUUAUCCGUAAGAAUCUGGUGAAGAAGUGCAUGGAAUUGUUUGAUGACAUCAUGGAAGACAAGGACAACUUCAAGAAAUUCUAUGACCAGUUCAGCAAAAACCUCAAGCUUGGUAUCCAUGAAGACUCCACCAACAGAAAGAAGCUGUCCGAGCUGCUCAGAUACUAUACAUCCCAGUCAGGGGAUGAGGUGACCUCCCUGAAGGACUAUGUGUCGCGCAUGAAGGAAAACCAGAAGAGCAUCUACUACAUCACUGGUGAAAGCAAGGACUCUGUUCAGAACUCUGCCUUUGUUGAGAGAGUGAAGAAGAGGGGAUUUGAGGUGAUCUACAUGACUGACCCUAUUGACGAGUACUGUGUCCAGCAGCUGAAAGAGUAUGAUGGGAAGACCCUGGUGUGUGUCACCAAGGAAGGCCUGGAACUGCCAGAGGAUGAGGAAGAAAAGAAGAAACUUGAGGAAUCCAAGGCUCAGUUUGAAGGACUGUGCAAGGUCAUGAAGGAGAUUCUUGACAAGAAAGUAGAAAAGGUUGUGGUUUCCAAUCGUCUGGUUACCUCCCCUUGCUGUAUUGUCACAAGUCAGUAUGGGUGGUCAGCCAACAUGGAGAGGAUCAUGAAGGCCCAGGCACUGCGAGAUACCAGCACUAUGGGCUACAUGGCAGCCAAGAAACACUUGGAGAUCAACCCUGACCACCCCAUUGUCAAGACACUGAAGGAGAAAGCUGAUGCUGACAAGAACGACAAGGCAGUGAAAGAUCUGUGCAUGCUGCUGUUUGAAACCUCUCUCCUUGCCUCCGGCUUCUCCCUGGAAGACCCAACAUCACAUGCCAACAGGAUACACAGGAUGAUCAAGCUGGGUCUUGGAAUUGAUGAAGAUGAUAUCCCAACUGAGCCUACAGCUGAAUCUGGCACAGAUGAGAUGCCACCACUUGAAGGUGAUGAAGAUGAUGCCUCCAGGAUGGAGGAAGUUGACUGAGCUACUUUUCCUGGAAAGUAAAGACUUUUACUGUGUCAAAUACUGUGAAACGUAUCUCCACUUGGUGUACCGUGUACUUAAGUGGAAGUGCUAUUUAUUGUGAUCAUGAAAACAUCAAAGUUUCAUUACCAUAAAUUUCACUGAUAGAGAAUUAUUACAGAUUUCUUCAGGUUCAUCUCACCACCUCAGUUGUAACUUCUACAAGAUACAAUUUGAACCCAUUUGUAUGUGUUCGAGAAAACUUUUUUCCAGCAAGAUGUGUACCAUCAAAACUUUUGUUGAAAAAUAAAAUCAUUUUUCAUAA